UUUCUCUCUUCCCAACUCCUUUCACAUCUAUUUCAUAUUCUAUUAAUUGCUCGUCUGCUUAUUUGACAAACUCUAUCUCUUCUCUUCUUCACUUGUGUAGCCAUGGCAGAUCAUCUCAAUCGGUUUCUUGUUCUUACUGUGUUGCUUGGUUUGUUCUUGAGGUUUUGCCAUGGUGGUGUCACCAGUACCUUUGUCCGCAAGGUGGAGAAAACCAUUGAUAUGCCUCUUGAUGCUGAUGUCUUCAAAGUUCCUUCUGGUUACAAUGCUCCCCAGCAGGUUCAUAUUACUCAAGGUAACAUGGAUGGGUCAGCAGUGAUUGUCUCAUGGGUCACUCAAGAUGAGCCAGGCUCUAACACAGUGCUUUAUGGAACAUCCGAGGACAAUUUUGAGUUCCAUGCCAAAGGCAAGCUCACACAGUAUACAUAUUACAACUACACAUCUGGGUUCAUUCAUCAUUGCACACUUAGGAAUUUGAAGUUUUCAACAAAAUAUUACUAUAAAGUGGGGAUUGGAAAUACAACACGGCAUUUCUGGUUCACAACACCUCCAGAAGUUGGUCCUGAUGUUCCUUACACAUUUGGUCUUAUAGGGGAUCUUGGACAGAGUUUUGACUCAAAUAGCACUCUUUCUCAUUACGAGUCGAAUCCUAUUCGAGGAGAGACUGUACUAUUUGUAGGUGAUCUUUCUUAUGCUGAUAACUACCCAAAUCAUGAUAAUGUCAGAUGGGAUACAUGGGGAAGGUUUGUGGAGAGAAGUGUUGCAUAUCAGCCGUGGAUAUGGACAACCGGAAACCAUGAGAUUGAUUUUGCUCCAGAAAUUGGUGAAACCCAGCCAUUCAAGCCAUUUCGUCACAGGUAUACAGUUCCCUAUAAGGCUUCAGGUAGCACAGCUCCAUUUUGGUAUUCGAUCAAGCGUGCCUCUGCACACAUCAUCGUCCUCUCAUCCUAUUCCGCUUAUGCUAAGUACACUCCUCAGUACAAAUGGCUUGAAGCAGAGUUCCCGAAGGUGAACAGAAGUGAGACACCAUGGUUAAUUGUUCUCAUGCACUCUCCAUGGUAUAAUAGUUACAACUAUCACUAUAUGGAAGGGGAAACCAUGCGAGUAAUGUAUGAGCCAUGGUUUGUGCAAAACAAAGUCGAUAUCGUGUUUGCAGGCCAUGUCCAUGCCUAUGAACGCAGUCAUCGAAUAUCAAAUGUUGCUUACAACAUAGUUAACGGGGAAUGCACCCCUGUAGAUGACCGGUCUGCUCCAGUAUACGUCAACAUCGGUGACGGUGGAAAUCUUGAAGGACUUGCAGCAAACAUGACAUAUCCACAGCCCAAGUAUUCAGCUUAUCGGGAGGCCAGCUUUGGUCAUGCAGUCUUUUCGAUAAAGAACCGAACUCAUGCCUACUACGAAUGGCACCGGAAUCAAGAUGGUGAUGCAGUUGUUGCUGAUGCUAUGUGGUUCUACAACAGAUAUUGGAGCUCUGCCGAUGAUUCUAUCACAAUAUUCUCUUGAUGCUGAUCUUUGAUUAUUCAUUUAAAGAAUAAUUUCUCCAUGAGUUCUAGAAGCAAUGUAUCAUUAAUUCCCUUUUGUUUCUUACAUUGUUUCAAUGGAAUGGCAUUGUUUAAUAAGUGAUUGUGAAAUGAUAUUUUUAUUUCGUUCAUUUGAUUUCAUGUUUAAGUCCCUGUGACAUUUAACAAAAAUACUUGAGGA